AUGACUGGGCUCGAUGAGCCCGGUUACACGACCCUGGCAGCGGCCGGUUAUAUCCAAAUCACCUUGAUCUGGGUCGUCUACGCCAUCGCCGUGGUCCUUCUCCUCUCCAUCGCCAGCCUCUUCGUCUACCUCUACCAGACACAUCGCGAACGGUCCAUGUUCGUCACCACGGUCUGCAUUUUUACCAUCACAUGUCUCCUGGCAACCGUCCUCCUGCUCCCGGUCGACGUUGCGCUGGUCUCCAGUACCACAAGCUCAAAGUUGGGCCAACGGAAGGAUUGGGCCACCCAAGAGAAGGUCGACAAUAUCACCUUUACCCUGCGCAUCGUCUACUAUCUCCUCUACUCGCUCGAUGCGCUUCUGUGCCUGCUCGUCAUUCCUUUCACCUAUUUCUGGUACGAAGAAUAUGAUGAAGUCGCCCAAGAGGAGGGCACGCAAACAUUCGGCUCCCGAUUCUGGGCUGCUUUCAAAUACACUCUCGCCUUCGUCUUCCUCUGCGUUGCGCUGUUCCUCGUGGGCUUCUUCGUCCCGGUCGCUCGCCACAGAGAGGGAGCUCAUUUCGACCUCGAUUUUUUCAAGAAAUUGCUGGCCGAAAACCACGGCGAACGCGCCUUGACGUUUGCGCUCGGCCUCUUGAUCACGAUCGGCACCGUCAUCUACUGCUUCUACACGGCCGCCGGGCUCGCGCUUCUGCCUCUCACCCUAAUCAAGUCGGCGCCCAGUGUCUCGGCGCCGGCGUUGAGCGAAUCCACCGCCUCUCAAUUGGAAAGCAAUCUCGAGAGGCAGCGACAGCUGGAGGGCCGCGCACAGGGCAAUCCCGAUGGCCUGUCCUCCAAAGAUCAGAGAGAACUGGACGCGCUUGUUCGUGAGGAGCGUACUCUUCGCCGUCACCAGCGGCUCGCCGAGGAAUCCUCAGGUAAAGAUCAAAAUAUUUUCUGGAAGAUUUGGAUCAAGCUGGGCGCCAUUUUGCGGCCCAUCAAGCUCAUCCUAGGGCUUCUAUUGGUGGUGAUUGUACUGUUGAUUUUUGCCAGCAUGCUCAUCACGGGGAUUGACAAGGCUAAGAACUCGAUCUGCAAACAGCACUGCGGUUAUCUGCUCGCACACAUCAGCAUCUUCCAACCGGUCAACUGGGUCCUGGUCCUGUCGGCCAAAGUGUUCCCCAUCGACUAUGUCAUCUUCAUGCUGAUCGUGAUGCUGUUCUUCAGCGCGAGCAUCCUCGGCAUUGCGACCAUUGGCAUCCGGGUCUUGUGGAUCACCAUCUUUCGAAUCCGAAAAGCUCAUACGUCGCCACAGGCAUUGUUGGUGGCCACGGUCAUGCUCACGCUCAUGACACUGGCCAUCAACUACUCAAUCGCAAUGAUGGUGGCUCCGCAAUACGCCACCUUUGGCCCUCAGACGUUCUGCGACCACCCGCCCAAGCACCCUGGGGAACAGCCUGACUGUACCGAUCAUCCGCAGCACAUUGUGUCGUGUACCGAGUCCACCGACAAUCCUGCUGCGAGGAAUGUCUGCACUCCCUCUGUGGUGUCCACGUUCCUCAACCGAGUGACAGUCAACUUCCCCUUCUUUGGGGUGAUCGAUUUCUGGGCCCAGUUUGUCUUUCUCGGAAUAUUCCUGCUUGGCUUCAUUGUUCUCCUGUUCCGCACGCCGAAGUUGUCCGACCCAGAUUCGGAGGAAGACGAGCUUGAAGAAGAAGAGGAAGGUCUCUUAGCAAGCACGGGCAGACGGUUUGAUGCGACCUGGCAAGACAUCACCGGCAGGGUCAGUCACGGCGGCAGGAGAGAUCGGCAGGGGCGGGGGACGAGGGACAGCACUAGUCAUUGA